AUCUAUUGAAUCUCGGCCACAAGAUGUCCAUCACGAUGAAGCGAAAGACGGUGAUCUCACCGACAGAACUCCUAAAAACCCUCGAGUUGUCCGGCGAUGAGGACCUGGACCUGCAGAUCAAGAACUGGGUGAUGUGGGACCGCAACGAGGCGACGCUGCACCAGGUAACCGAGGCGGUGAAGGAUCAGGACUGGGAGGCUCUGCGGGUGAGGUUGUGCCGCAGGAUCACCUACUUGGCCACAGGUUUGAGGGGCGGAAUGCGAGCGGGUUUUGAUUCCUUGAACGACGUGGUGAUCAUCGAGGUGGCCCAGGGCAUCUGUGCCUACCUGCUCGACGUCUAUCCGAGCAUCCAGAAGCGGCAAACGCAGGGCGUUGUCGUCGGCUACGAUGGCAGGUACAACAGCAAGCGGUUUGCCCAGCUCAUUGCCACUGUGUUCCUGAACAACGACUUCAAGGUGUAUCUCUUCACCCGGAUGACCCCGACGCCCUUUAUUCCCUUCACCAUUGUGACGCUCCAGUGUCUGGCGGGGAUCGUGGUCACCGCCUCGCACAACCCGAAGGAGGACAAUGGCAUCAAGGUUUACUGGUCGAAUGGGGCUCAGGCGAUGGCUCCGCACGAUCAGCGAAUUCACGACUACAUGCUAAAUAACCUGGAGCCAAAGCCUUCGUCCUGGGAGACCUCGGUGGUACUCGAUCACCCGCUGGUCGAAGAUCCCUAUCGUCAGAUAUACCCGCUGUUCUACGAGACUCUCAAGAAGCUUCUGCCGCCGAUCUAUCUGGAGACCAACGAGUGCAGCCAGCUGCGAUUCAUCUACACGGCUCUCCACGGCGUGGGUUAUCCCUUCAUGAGGGAGGCCUUUUACCAGGCGAGACUUAAGCCAGUUAUUCCCGUGGUCGAACAGAAGGAUCCCGAUCCCGAGUUCCCCACUCUCAACAAGCCAAAUCCAGAAGAGGGCAGGGAAGCCCUGAAGCUGGCCAUUAAAAAAGCGGAGUCGGAGCACUGCACCCUGGUGCUGGCCAAUGAUCCCGAUGUGGAUCGCCUGGCCGUGGCGGAAUUGGAUCCCCGAGGUCGCUGGAAGCUGUUCAAUGGCAACGAACUGGCCGCUCUGUUGGGAUGGUGGGCCCUCGAGAGCUACAAGACCAGGACACCCAAACCGGCUGUUCCAAACUGCGUAAUGAUAGCCACACUAGUGAGUUCGCGAAUCCUGGCAGCAAUGGCGAGAGUAGAGGGAUUCGUCUUUGUGGAGGGCAUGCCGAGUUUUCCUUGGAUGGCACAUAGAGCAUUAGAACUCCAAAAAUCGGGUAGGAUGGUACUCUUCGCCUUUGAGGAGUGUUUUGGCUAUAUGUUCGGGAUGAGCCUGCCGGAUAAGGAUGGCAUUGGAGCAGCCAUGCAGUUGGCCACCAUGGCUUGUUAUCUGCGGAGCACCAGGAAUGUAACGCUGAUCGAAAAGCUGAGGGAGAUCUACGAUACCUAUGGUUAUCACUCCUCGAUCUCGUCACUCUUUAUGGCCGAUAGUCCGGAUACAAUCACCACUAUCUUCGAGCACUUGCGCAACUUUACUGACGAAGGAGGUUAUCCCAAGUGCAUUCUGGAUGAGGAAUUCGAGGUGGUGCAUGUCCGUGACUUGACCACCGGACUGGACACCUCCUUCGGCGACGGAAAGGCUCGUCUGCCCGUGAACCCCGAAGCUCAGUUGAUCACCUUUACGUUCACCAAUGGUUAUAUGGUCACCCUUCGAGCGGCUGCCAACGAUAUCAAGAUCAAACUUAAUGCGGAGAUCUGCGGUUUGCCGGAGGAGAAGAACUGGGAUGAGCUGCACGAGAAGCUCAACCGGAUGACCAACGCCGUCGUGGAGGAGUUUCUCCAGCCCGAGGAGCAUGGUCUCACCGAUUCUUCAGUAAUUCAAUAG